GCCUGCACCCCAGCCCUACUCCGGGCCUCCGUGUGUCUCCUGUGAUCGUACUGACACGGCCGGGGGGUUAGAAUGGAACAAAGUGAAGGCCCGAUGAGAGAAAGGGAAAGUUAAGGAUGCUGGAGCAGAACAAUGGAUUUCUCUUUCUCUUUCAUGCAAGGGAUCAUGGGAAACACAAUUCAGCAACCACCUCAACUCAUUGACUCCGCCAACAUCCGUCAGGAGGAUGCCUUUGAUAACAACAGUGACAUUGUUGAAGAUGGUGGCCAGACACCAUACGAAGCUACCUUGCAGCAAGGCUUUCAGUAUCCACCUACAACAGAAGAUCUUCCUCCACUCACGAAUGGCUACCCAUCAUCAAUCAGCAUGUACGAAACUCAAACCAAAUACCAGUCCUAUAAUCAGUAUCCCAAUGGGUCGGCCAAUGGCUUUGGUGCAGUUAGAAACUUUAGCCCCACUGACUAUUACCAUUCAGAAAUUCCAAACACAAGACCACAUGAAAUUCUGGAAAAACCUUCUCCUCCACAGCCACCACCUCCUCCUUCAGUACCACAGACUGUGAUUCCAAAGAAGACUGGCUCACCUGAAAUUAAACUAAAAAUAACCAAAACUAUCCAGAAUGGCAGGGAAUUGUUUGAGUCUUCCCUUUGUGGAGACCUUUUAAAUGAAGUACAGGCAAGUGAGCACACAAAGUCAAAGCAUGAAAGCAGAAAAGAAAAGAGGAAAAAAAGCAACAAGCAUGAUUCAUCUAGAUCUGAAGAGCGCAAGUCACACAAAAUCCCCAAAUUAGAACCAGAGGAACAAAAUAGACCAAAUGAGAGGGUUGACACUGUAUCAGAAAAACCAAGAGAAGAUCCAGUACUGAAAGAGGAGCUCCCGGUUCAGCCGAUGUUACCUUCUGUUCCAACAACAGAAGUGUCUGCUGGUGUUAAGUUCCAGGUUGGCGAUCUUGUUUGGUCUAAGGUGGGAACGUAUCCUUGGUGGCCUUGUAUGGUUUCAAGUGAUCCCCAACUCGAGGUUCACACCAAAAUUAACACGAGAGGUGCCCGGGAAUAUCACGUCCAAUUUUUUAGCAACCAGCCAGAGAGGGCGUGGGUUCACGAAAAGCGGGUCCGAGAGUACAAAGGUCACAAACAGUAUGAAGAACUACUGGCCGAGGCGACCAGACAAGCCAGCAAUCACUCUGAGAAACAGAAGAUUCGGAAACCCCGGCCUCAGAGAGAACGUGCUCAGUGGGAUAUCGGCAUUGCCCACGCAGAGAAAGCGUUGAAAAUGACCCGGGAGGAAAGAAUCGAACAGUAUACUUUUAUCUACAUUGAUAAACAGCCUGAGGAGGCUUUAUCCCAAGCAAAAAAGAAUGUUGCCUCCAAAGCCGAAGUUAAAAAAACCCGAAGGCCAAGAUCAGUGCUGAAUACUCAGCCAGAACAGACCAGUGCAGGCGAGGCGGCCUCCUCACUAUCAGGUACUGAAAUUCGGAGACACAGCCAGAGGCGGCACACGAGCGUGGAAGAGGACGAACCACCUCCCGUUAAAGUAGCCUGGAAAACGGCAGCUGCGAGGAAAUCCUUACCAGCUUCCAUCACAAUGCACAAAGGGAGCCUGGAUUUGCAGAAGUGUAACAUGUCUCCAGUUGUGAAAAUUGAACAAGUGUUUGCUCUUCAGAAUGCUACAGGAGAUGGGAAAUUUAUCGAUCAGUUUGUCUAUUCAACGAAGGGAAUUGGUAACAAAACAGAAAUAAGUGUCAGGGGACAAGACAGACUUAUAAUUUCUACACCAAACCAGAGGAAUGAAAAGGCAACUCAGAAUACAUCAUCUCCUGAAACAACAUCUGGUCCUGCAGGCUCAGUAGAAAAGAAGCAACAGAGAAGAUCCAUUAGAACCCGUUCCGAAUCAGAGAAAUCCACUGAGGUCGUGCCAAAGAAGAAGAUCAAAAAGGAGCAGGUUGAAACAGUUCCUCAGGCUACAGUGAAGACUGGAUUACAAAAAGGUGCCAGCGAGAUUUCAGAUUCCUGUAAACCUCUAAAGAAAAGGAGCCGCGCCUCAACUGAUGUAGAAAUGGCUAGUUCCACGUACAGAGACACGUCCGACUCCGAUUCCAGAGGACUGAGUGACCUGCAGGUAGGCUUUGGAAAGCAAGUCGAUAGCCCUUCGGCUACUGCAGAUGCAGAUGUUUCUGAUGUGCAGUCCGUGGAUUCCAGUUUGUCAAGAAGAGGCACUGGAAUGAGUAGGAAGGACACUGUCUGUCAGAUCUGUGAAAGCUCUGGGGAUUCUCUGAUUCCUUGUGAGGGAGAAUGCUGCAAACACUUCCACCUGGAGUGCCUGGGAUUGACAUCAUUCCCUGAUGGAAAGUUCAUCUGCGUCGAAUGCAAAACUGGAGAGCACCCGUGUUUUUCAUGUAAAGUGUCUGGUACAGACGUGAAGCGUUGCUCUGUUGGUGCUUGUGGGAAAUUUUACCAUGAAGCCUGUGUCCGCAAAUUCCCCACUGCCAUCUUUGAAUCAAAAGGAUUCCGCUGUCCCCAGCACUGCUGCUCUGCCUGCUGUAUGGAGAAAGAUAUCCACAAAGCAAGUAAAGGUCGCAUGAUGAGAUGUUUGAGGUGCCCAGUAGCCUACCACUCUGGAGAUGCUUGCAUUGCUGCCGGCAGCAUAUUUGUGUCUUCCUACGUUCUCAUCUGUAGUAAUCAUUCCAAACGGAGCAGUAACUCUUCCUCUGCUGUAAAUGUAGGCUUUUGUUUCGUUUGUGCAAGAGGGCUGAUAGUGCAGGACCAUUCAGACCCCAUGUUCAGUUCCUAUGCCUAUAAGUCCCACUACCUACUGAACGAAUCAAAUCGUGCAGAGUUGAUGAAAUUACCUAUGAUUCCUUCUUCGUCAGCUUCCAAAAAGAAAUGUGAGAAAGGUGGAAGAUUGCUCUGCUGUGAGUCGUGCCCGGCUUCCUUCCACCCGGAGUGCCUGAGCAUAGAGAUGCCAGAAGGCUGCUGGAAUUGCAAUGACUGUAAAGCUGGCAAGAAACUACAUUACAAGCAGAUUGUUUGGGUCAAAUUGGGAAAUUACAGAUGGUGGCCAGCGGAGAUCUGCAACCCCCGGUCUGUGCCGCUCAACAUCCAGGGCCUCAAGCACGACCUGGGGGACUUCCCCGUGUUCUUCUUUGGUUCUCACGACUACUACUGGGUACACCAGGGCAGAGUGUUCCCUUACGUCGAAGGAGACAAAAGCUUUGCUGAGGGACAGACUAGUAUUAACAAGACCUUCAAAAAAGCGUUGGAAGAAGCUGCAAAACGUUUCCAGGAAUUGAAAGCGCAAAGAGAAAGUAAAGAAGCACUAGAGAUUGAAAAAAACUCAAGGAAACCCCCUCCUUACAAACACAUCAAAGCUAACAAAGUAAUAGGAAAGGUGCAGAUCCAGGUUGCAGACCUGUCAGAGAUUCCCCGCUGUAACUGCAAGCCGGCUGACGAGAACCCGUGUGGCUUGGAGUCCGAGUGCCUGAACAGAAUGCUGCAGUACGAGUGUCACCCGCAGGUGUGCCCGGCGGGGGAGCGCUGCCAGAACCAGUGCUUCACCAAGAGGCUCUACCCGGAUGCAGAAAUCAUCAAGACGGAGCGGAGAGGCUGGGGCCUCAGGACCAAAAGGAGCAUUAAGAAGGGUGAAUUUGUAAAUGAAUAUGUUGGCGAAUUAAUUGAUGAGGAAGAAUGCAGAUUGCGAAUCAAGCGAGCCCACGAGAACAGUGUAACUAAUUUUUAUAUGUUAACUGUUACCAAGGACCGUAUCAUUGACGCUGGCCCGAAGGGAAAUUAUUCUCGCUUUAUGAACCACAGUUGUAAUCCAAACUGUGAAACACAAAAGUGGACGGUGAAUGGAGAUGUUCGAGUUGGCCUUUUUGCUCUUUGUGACAUUCCUGCAGGGAUGGAGCUAACAUUUAAUUACAACCUGGACUGUCUGGGCAAUGGCCGGACGGAGUGCCACUGCGGGGCGGAUAACUGCAGUGGUUUCCUCGGCGUGCGGCCAAAGUCGGCAUGUGCGUCCACAACUGAAGAAAAGGCAAAAAACGCUAAGCUGAAGCAGAAGAGACGAAAAAUCAAAACAGAGCCGAAGCAGCUGCAUGAAGAUCACUGCUUCCAGUGCGGGGACGGCGGCGAGCUGGUCAUGUGCGACAGGAAGGAUUGCCCCAAGGCCUACCACCUGCUCUGCCUCAACCUGCCCCAGCCGCCCUACGGAAAGUGGGAGUGCCCGUGGCAUCAGUGCGAUGAGUGCAGCGGCGCAGCUGUGUCCUUCUGUGAGUUCUGUCCACGUUCGUUUUGCAAAGAUCAUGAAAAGGGGGCUCUGGUGCCCUCCGCCCUGGAAGGCCGUCUCUGCUGCUCUGAACAUGACCCUGUAUCUCCCGUGUCACCCGAAUACUGGAGCAAGAUCAAAUGUAAAUUGGAAUCACAAGAUCACGGAGAAGAAGUCAAAGAAUAAACGGGCAGUGAUUUCCUUCUUUUUUUAUUUAAACGAAGAAAGGAAAAGAAAAAAGUAGAGAAUGCAUUAGUACAAGAAGAGACCGCUGCAGUGCAUGCAGCCUUGGCCAUCAGCGCUGCCUUAUUAAAGUGAAGGUGGGGAACCAGGCCGUGCAAACAGAAGCCGUUCGUGGGAUCUGGUUUUUCGGUUUCGUUCUGUCAGUUUGGGGAUUUUUUUGUGGAGGGUUAGAUUCCCUUGGUCUUUUCUUGCCUUUUAUUGUGCUUCAAUGCCUUUGCAGCUGGCAAAAGAGAUGUCUUCGCUUUUAAAAU